AUGGUGCCCAUCGGGGUGCUGGGGCUGCUCCUGUGUGUGCAGCUCUGUGGAGGCACUGGAGAGCUGCGGCUGGUGAACGGCGGCGGGCGCUGCGCUGGCAGGGUGGAGGUGAAGCACGAUGGGGAGUGGGGCUCCGUCUGCAGCUACGACUUCGACUGGGAUGCCCGCUGGGGCAGCGUGGUGUGCCAGCAGCUGGGCUGCGGGCCCGUGCUCCGGUCAUCCCCGUAUGCCCCAUUCGGACAAGGCACUGGCAGGAUUUGGCUCCAGCCGUUCUUCUGCCGCGGCAGCGAGGAGGUACUGGAGGAAUGUCCCCAUUUUGGCUGGGGACACCACUUCUGUGGCCAUGAGCUGGAUGUGGGUGUGACCUGUGCAGAUGCGGUGGAGCUGAGGCUGGCAGCUGGCACAGGUCCCUGUGCCGGGAGGGUGGAGGUGAAGCUGCGGGGACGCUGGGGCUCGGUAGCAGAUCCCAACUGGGACAUGAGGGAAGCCGAGGUGGUGUGCCAGCAGCUGGGUUGUGGCUCAGCCACCGGUGCCUAUGCUGCUGCUGCCCGCUUUGGCAAAGGGGAUGGUGCCGUCAACCUGGUUCUGGUCACCUGCAAUGGGCAUGAGACUGCCCUCUGGGACUGUGAGAUCCGUGGCUGGGGACCCUACAGCGGCAUCCACGACUUUGACACCGCCGUCGUCUGCCAAGGGUUUGCCCGUCUGGUUGGUGGUGACGGUGGCUGCGCCGGGCGGCUGGAGGUGCGUCGAGGCCAAGCUUGGGCUGGUGUCUGUGAGGACCAGGUGGACAUGAAGGCCGCGCAGGUGGCGUGCUGGGAGCUGGGCUGUGGUGUGGCACUGGCUGUCACCGGCACCGGUCGGCUUGAGGCUGGAAUGGAGCUGUUUUGGGAGGGGGGGUUUGAGUGCACUGGCACCGAGCCCCUCCUUGCCAACUGUGCCCGGCGGCCAGCUGGCAAACAGAGCUGCACUGGCCAUGCCAUCAUCGUCUGCUCCUCUUACACUGGUUUCCGGCUGGUGGGCAACACCUCGAGCUGCAUCGGGCGGGUGGAAGCAGAGGUGGGGGGGACGUGGGGGUCUGUCUGUGCCGCUGGCUGGGACCUGCCCGCUGCCCACGUCCUCUGCCACCACCUGGGCUGUGGCUCUGCCGUCGCCGUGCCGGCGGGAGGCUCCUUUGACGAGGGGAAUGGGCAGAUGUGGAGAGAUACCUUCCGCUGCUACGGGAGCGAGCGGCACCCAGGCGAGUGCUCCGUGACCGUGCUGGGGGAGCCCACCUGUGCCGCUGGCCACGCUGCCACUGUCAACUGUUCAGGUGACGCCAAGUCCCUGCGGCUGGUCGAUGGGCAGAGCUGGUGUGAUGGGCGGCUGGAGGUUGCCACAAGCCCCUCGAAUUGGACUCGUGUGCCAGCAGGGCUGUGGGAUGCCCGUGGUGCCAGCGUGGUGUGCAGGCAGUUGGACUGUGGUGUGCCAGAGAAGGUCUACGCUGUGCCACGCUUGGGCAAGGUGGGGCUGCGGGGGCUGUGGUGUGAUGGCACCGAGGAGAACCUGACCCUGUGCAAUGUCUCGGGAACGGCCACGGUGCCAACCAGCAGCCCUGAGGAGGUAGCCAUUGUCUGCUCGGGCAGCCGACGGGUGAGGCUGGCAGCUGGUCCUGGUCGCUGUGCUGGGAGAGUGGAGGUCUACGUCAACGGCACGUGGGGCACCAUCUGCCAGGACAACUGGGAUGUGCUGGGUGCCACCGUUGUGUGCCGCCAGCUGGGCUGCGGGACGGCGCUGGCGGCACCCAGCCCAGCUCGCUUCGGCCCUGGAACGGGGCCGCUGUGGCUGGGUGCCGGUGGCUGUGCCGGCACCGAGCUGUCGCUCUGGGACUGCCCAGCUUUGGCACGCCGAGGCUGCCGGCGCGGCGGUGGGGCGGCUGCCAUCUGCUCGGAGCAGCUCUUCCUGCGGCUGGUGGGCAGCCGCUGCAAGGGGCACCUGGAAGUGUUCCACAACGGCACCUGGGGCCGUGUGUGUGCUAACGGCACCAGCCCUGCCACGGCCACCACCGUUUGCCAGCACCUCGGUUGCGGGGACAGCGGGAAGCUGGCAGCGGCCCCCACCCUGGACCCAGCCCCAGCCUGGCUGGCCUGGGUGGGCUGUGAGCAGGGGACCCGCUCACUCUGGCGAUGUCCCUCGGCACCCUGGCACCUGCAGCACUGCAGAACCGAUGGCGAUGCCCAUGUCACUUGUGACCAGGACAGUGACGACACGAGUGAGAUGCCCACCCCAUCUCCAGGUAGCUCUACUCGUGCUGGAGCCCCCCAGUGGCAGGCUGGCGCGGGUGUUCCCAGCAGCACCUUGCCGGUGGCUGUGGUCCUGGGAAUGCUGCUGUGCCUGGCGCUGGGUGCCCUGGCUGUGCAGAGGUGCCGUGCCAAGGCUUGGGGCCAAGGUAGAACCAGAGAUGCCAUCUCAGAAGCCAUCUACGAGGAGCUGGACUACACCCUGACACCAGAUUACGAGGAGGUGCCCAGUUGCUCAGGCUCCUUGACAGAGGGAUCCAGGGCAAAGCUGCCAUAUGACACUGGGGACAGCGCGGAGGAGGAGUCUGACAUCAUGGCAGCCCCAGGCAGGGACACUGGGGACAGCACGGACGAGGAAAGUGACUCCGCGGCAGCCCCAGACUCCCCUGCCCAGCAUGGACUCCCAGAUGGCUACGAUGAUGCCAUGGUGGACAACGCUGGGCACAGCUCUGAGGAGGUGGCACAGAGGAGCUGGGACUGUGGUCCAUCCACAGGUGGGAGCUGCCCGCUCCCGGGUCCCGCUGGAGCCCCAGUGGACGCUCCAGGGUACUCCCCAGUGGAUGCUCCAGAGCACCCCCCAGUGGACGCUCCAGAGUACUCCUCAGUGGACGCUCCAGAGCACCCCCCAGUGGACGCUCCAGAGUACUCCUCAGUGGACGCUCCAGAGUAC